AUGCAAAACCUUCAGUAUCAGAAUCAGAGUCCAGCGACAUAUACUUGCCCCUUCUCGAAGAAUGACGAGUUGGUCGACGACCUAGAAAAAUCUAAUACUGGCAACACUCCAGUAUGGAAUGCGCAGAGCGUACGGGGUAAAGAAGCCGGCAACAACGAACCUGCUUUUAUCCCAGGCCAACCCCUGUAUCCGCUUGAGCACCAGCUGGAGGAAGUCACGAGAUUUCUUGACAAGGACCUCAAAACAGAACUACUAGACAGCAUGAGCCAUAUCCUCUGGCUGCUAUCUAGUAAGAACAACAUCAACCCGUUACACCGGCAAGCGAUUAGGAACCGACAGAUCCUGAUAACGGAAGACCCUACACUCCAUCUUGUCUGGUAUUAUGACCAGAUAUUUAUCAAACCGAUCCCUCGUUAUCUCCUCAAUUAUGCCUUUUUCGAGACAUAUAUAUCCGGGUGCACUUCUUCAGAGAUCCUCAAGGCUGCGAACGGGUUCCUUCGUACCUACUCGCGCCUAAUAGUCUACGAGUCUGAUUUCGAGAUAGCAAAGGAAAAAGGGCUAUUACCGAAGGACGAGCGUAUCACUUGGCUAAAGUGGUGCAAGUUUAUUCGAGAAUUCCGAAACUUAGACACCGACAGUGUUACUGGUAGAUAUAUGUAUGGCGAGUUGCGACUUAGCAGGCUCAAUUUUUAUACCAAGGUUUUCGGUUAUGGAUGGAACUAUUUCGAUACCUACACGCAGUAUUUGCAGUACUUUAGCCGGUUUAUGGCGCCGUAUUUGUUUUUCUUUGGAAGUAUUUCUGUGAUCUUGACGGCGAUGCAAACAUCUCUAGCGGCGGAAGCGUCACCUGAGGAUAUGAGGUAUCAUGUAUCAGCAGCAACUUUUACAAGUUUUACUAUAUGGGCUACGGGUAUUGGCUUGUUGUUUUUUCCGGCGCUUUAUCUGUUCUUCCAGUUACGAGAGUUACUUUUUGCAAUUACCACCGGGAAUAAUAAGAAGGAUUGA